AGAAUCUCGUGACGUCACGCACGCGGAAGCGACAUGCUCAUUCAUUCUACCGGUUUUUCCAGCGCAUCUCAUGGUCGCGUUAUCCCCUGGACGCACAGUAAGUUUCUCAGACACAGACGUGAUAAACAGCUUAUUUUAUUAAUGUUUUAUAUUGGAUUGUACACGGUGGUGUUAAAAAAUAGCUCCUUUGUUUGUGAAGCUUGGUUUCUAUCCUGCUCAGGCCGGCAGAUGUUGUCGGUUAGCAGCUAAGCUAACGGAUGAGUCUGUGAAAGCUGCAACUCUGGGUUCAGAGAUCCUCUCAAGGUUGAAACAGAUGAUCAUAAAAGUAAGCUGCUUUCCUGCGCUUACCUAUAAUAACAUUAAAAUUAAUACCUUAGUGUUUUCUGUUAAUUUACUCUGACAUUGUAGAGGUCAUACAAGCAUUAUUAUUUGAUACUUAGUGGAAAGAAAUUCAUCUAAACUCAAACUACCUUAUACAAACAUCUGUUUAAAGGAAUUCAGAUGUAGCAUACAUAUAACUUAUAUUCGUGGUAUAAAACAUGGUAUUUAACCAAUGCCUGGGCGAUUUGGCAAAAAAUAAUCAUUAAGAUAUAUUUUAUCAUAUCAUCCAAUCUCGAUUAUUAUCACGAUUUUUUUUAACUGCCUGUUUUACAGCAUCAGUACCAAAAACUAAAGAAAACUAGAGAUUAGUUCAACAUUUUAUUUACAUACAAAGUAAAUAACAGAGCAAAUUGAAUAAGAUAAACUUAGGAAAAUAUAAAGACCAUUUUAACUCAACAUUACAACAAAUGUAAAUACUAAAUAAUACAGUGAACUAGUUUACAGACCUGAGUGUUUCUGCAGGUAUGCAAGACCCAAAAUAAACAAAACGCCCCCUCAGGGAUAAUGAAGACGCCUUAAAAUGUAAACAUUAGAUGAUGAACACGUAGAUGAUAUGCAUUUAGUUGUUUUAAAAUGUGCUUUAUAAAUAAACCUGGAUUGGAUUGGAUGAUAUGAUUGAUUGCUGCUUUGGUCUGGCACCCCUAGUUGUGGCUAAACUGCUAAUGCUACUUGUGCCGUCACUAGUGGCAGGCUGUACAGACUCCCCUCACAUUUUCAUGCUUUCUGCAUAAUCACUCUGGAAGUACUUCUUCAAACAAUUAAACAGAUCUAUUGUGUUGCCAGUUCUGAGGGCACCGACCGCCAGCAUACCUUGCACAUCUGCUUGGUUGCUCGACAUCACUUUAGAGAUACCCAAACCACCGCCACACAACUGAUGUUGAAUAAAAGUCAUGGCUGACAUCUAUUUUGCUGCCCUCAGCUCUGUGUUUAGCUCCACGUUCGGUCAUUCUGUUUACUUCUCCGGCAACUUACAGAAGUGGGCAGGGAAAGCUUGACUCUGAUUGGCAGGGCCCGACAGAUACGGAUUUUUUGGGGCUGAUGCCGAUUAUUAGGGGGUGAAAAAUCCGAUUAACGAUUAAUCGGCUGAUUUAUAAAAAAUUUUUUUAUAAAGUUAUAAAAAAUAUAUAUACUGCAGAUAUACUGUAGGCUACUGCUCUUCACGCCGACAGGAAGACCGACUGAUCAAACUUCGACCAGAAGAGCGAUUUCAACUACCCGAGUUCAAGUGGGUUGAACUGAAACUUGUUGACUUAUUGUGUAUUUCACUAACUGGUUUAUUUACCUAUGAGGGGGACCACUCUCCUCCGUGCGUCCCUGAGCUGCCUGCUUCACGUCACUCUGCUGUGCUGUGAGGUAGAAUUUUUCAAAUGGCAGAACAUUUUCGAAGUGAAACCAAAUCUUAUUCUCUGCAUUUUAUUUCUGACAAUAUUGGCAAAAAUCGGCGAGUUUUGGCCGAUUACCAAUUAAUCUCAAAUGGGCUAAAAUAAGCUGAUUUAAUCAGUCGGGCCCUAGUUGUGACGCACAUUUCUGCUAUGUUUGAUUGAGUAAAUAUGCUCACAGCUGAUCACUGUGGUCGAACUGAAAUUUAUCACAAUCAUCGAUCACGAUCAUAUAAUCGCCCAGUCCUAAUUUAACCUUAAACUCCAAUAAAUCAGGAUGGCUUUUAACCCUUCUGAUUGCCCUGUUGUUCCAGAGAGAUGCUGCUGCUGGUGCUGGGUGCCCUCCUCCUGCUCUUCUGCAGCCUGGACGUGUGGUACUUCCUCCGUGGGGCCCAGGUGUUUGUGGAGGCGUGGUUCCAACCCCGAAUAUGGGACAUUCUAGCCGAACAAACCAUUGAAGGCAUGGUCCUCCCCCAUGAUUUGGACUAUAUGGGCCACAUGAACAACUCCCGAUACCUCAGGGAGUGUGACUUUGCACGCUUCCAUCAUUACAUGCGAAACGGGCUGUUCAUGGCCUCACGCAAAUUGGGGGCCAAGAUGGUGGUAGGGGCCUCCACUAUACGAUACCGGCGCUCCCUGGCUUUCCGAGAGGCCUUCGAGAUUCGGACCAAAGUGUUAGGAUGGGACGAGAAGGCUUUUUACUUGGAGCAGCGCUUUGUGUCCAAGAGAGAUGGUUUUGUCUCUGCGGUCAUGCUCUGCAGGCAGAAUGUGGUUCGCUGCAGCCCAGAGACGAUCAUCGAAUAUGUCUGCAAAAGGAAGGUGAGUAUUAACUUGUGACUAAAGGUCCUUACACACCUGGAACGAUAGCAAAAUCGACCGCGAUUCGAAAAAAUAUAUGCUGCAAUAUCGCAGGACAGGAAAAUGUCGCUGAUGUGAAGGCUUGUAUUGACAGGAUACGGGUUCAAAAAAAAAUACUGACGUCCGAAAUAAUCACACCAAAAAAAAGGGGUUAAGAUGUAUGAUUGUAUGAGUGUACGUACUUUCAUUAUGCUAUUAUCUCUGAGUGUUGGUUUGUUAAACCACAAAAAAACAUCCAUUACAAUCAAAAUAGUAUACUCAAGGCAAUACCAAACUAACCAAAAAAUCAUGUUUAAAAAAAAGGGGAAUUUUGAACACCUAGCAGCCCGAUUUAAGUCAAAUUAUCAGAUUAUUUGAUAGAGUGGCAAACAUGUCCGUCAGAGUUUUAGGAAAACUCAGCUGAUGCUCUAAAAUCGACAUUCCAAAAUCCAAAGGUCUACUUAUCCCACUUUAGGAAGCUUGGGCAUGAAAGUAUUCUGAAGUUUCAUUAAAAACAUCCUCAGAUGUUCAAUUUAAUUGUUCAUCAUUUCACUGUUGUUCGAGAUUGACUACAACUUUUUUCACUUAUUGUUCUUUCAAUUUGGUGUCUGUUUGCAGAUUGAGUGCCCAGAGUUUCCUGAGGAUCUCAAACACUGGAUCAGCUACAUUUCAGCCAGCAGCCAGGCCCUCCGAGCCGAGAGCGGCCUGGAAGAGAAGAACAAGUGAAGCCGCACCGUGACGCCAUGAAUCAUGAGUGUAGACCCACAUAUCAUUUACACUGCACGCACACAUACAAAUGGUAAACAUACUCACACACACACACACACACACACACACACACACACACACACACACACACACACACACACACAAACAAACAGUUAAAAACAAUGUAGAGGGUUUUUAGUUGACGUACCAGAUUCCAUUUAUCUCAGUCCUACCUGCUGUGUAAUUUUUUUGUAUGACGUGAACAGAAAUACUGAACUUGAGACUGCUGAACAUGAAAACUUGAACUCCGAAGUAUUCCAUGUUUUUAAAACGCACAAACUGUAACGCACUGGAAUCAUUCUGAAGGUUCUCCGCUCCGAAGAAAGUGAUACAAUAACCUUUAUCUGUGCAGCUUAUUCCGACCGGCUUUCAUUCUCAUUUAGCAAAACUGUUCGACUUUAGAUUCGCAUGUAGAGCCAAACCUAAUCGUCCACUGACAUUGAUGCAUGUUUUAAAAAAAGGAAACAGAGGAAUAUUUUUGUGCCUGUUUACUCGAUUAGCUGUAGCUUCCACUUACAGUUUCAGAGAAUUAUAACUUUCUAAGGGAAAAAAAUGUAGGUGCGAUGCAAUACUUGAAUGAAUAUCAUGAACGUGUACUGACUACUGUUUUGAUCUUCCCAUCAGCAUUUUGCACAACAAGCCCAUGCUGCAUCCAUGUCAUCAAUCUGAAAGGAAUUCUUAGAUUAUGAAGGAUCCUUGUAUCAUUUCAGUAUUAUUGUUUUACUGAAUUCUUGCUUUUAAAGGGGAGGCUUCUUGAUUAGAGCUGCAUGUAGUGUUAGAGAAAGUCCUGACUUGAUAAGAAAACGCCAGUAAGACGUUGCUAGCUACUAUUUUAAACUUUUCAUGCACAAAAAGCGUGAAUGCUUGGAAUGAUAUAGUGAGAAAGCCUGUUUUAAAAUCUUGAACCUGCCCUUUAAUAAUUUAAAGCUUUAUUUUAUGACCAAAGUAAUGUAUUUGCUUGAAGAUGGGAAAAAAAAUCAACUCAUAAACAUGUACGUCUUUCCUGUUGUCUUUGUUUGAAUGGCACUUACUAAAACAAUCCUGUUCAGUUAUUUUUGUUUGCUGACAGAUGGUAACCUCUUAUUUUCCACUGAAGUUAGUUAUUUAUGUUUUAUUUGAAAAGUUCCAUGUUAUUUAUCAUGUCUGUUCAUUAUUUAAAGGCAUUUUAAAUUAAAAAUGUAUCAGAAACUA